AUGGGAAUCCAAGAAGGCAAUCAAAAGGGUUCUUACCUUGGCCUCCCUUCUCUCAUUGGAAGGAGAAAAUCUGAGAUCCUAGGCUUCAUCAAAGGAAAGAUUAUGGGAAGAAUAAAGAGCUGGAACAACAAAUUUCUUUCACGGGCGGGCAGAGAGGUUCUUAUCAAGAAUGUUCUUCAAGCUAUUCCAACAUACGCCAUGAGUAUCUUCCAUCUACCAAAGACACUUUGCAGAAGCAUUGAAAUUGCCCUUAAUGAUUUUUGGUGGCGUGGACAAGAGGUCAACAGAAAAGGCAUCAAAUGGAGAACUUGGAGCGACCUAUGUAAACCAAAGUCGGCAGGUGGUAUGGGUUUUUGCAGCAUUAGCAAAUUUAAUGUGUCUCUUCUUGGAAAGCAAGCAUGGAGAAUCCUUAACCACCCAAAUUCUCUGGUCUCAAAGGUCUUUAAGGCCAAGUAUUUCAAACACAAUUCCUUCCUAGAAGCAAAACUGGGCAGCAACCCUUCAUAUGUGUGGCGUAGCAUUCUGGAGGCCUAA